ACGAUUUUUGCCUUGAAUGAAGCGAGUAUUGGCAGAAGAUGUGUAACAAUAAAUCCAAAUGUGUUGCUGAGAUUAAAUGUUGAAAUUUACCUGCUCCUUAUGGGUCCUAUCGUUAAAGUGGCACCAUGAGCGACACUUGCGCGAAUCCUUUGCUACUGGGAUGGAUCAAGGAAUGGUUGGACCAAGCUCGAGAACGCAAUAGUAAAGGCGUUACAGUGUACAAGAAAGCCUAUGAUUCAAUGAAAGCGUGUCCGUUGGUUUUCCAGCAUCCGUCUGAAGCGCAACAGCUAAACGGGCUGGGGCCGAAAUUAUGUGACCGUUUGACAGACAAGCUGAAAGCAUAUUGCAAUGAGAACGGACUACCUAUGCCGGAACCGCCGCAGAAAGCGUCGUCCGGUAAGAGACUAUCAGAUGAAGGCGUGGGGGGCUCUCAGCCAGCGAAAAAAACGCGGAAACCGAAAGCCUACGUACCAGCUCUACGGUCGGGUCCAUAUGCCCUGUUAUUGGGGCUGGGCACGCUGGACGAGAAUUCUGCGCAGACCAUGACGAAGCAGCAGCUGAUCGAAGUCGCGCAGCCUUAUUGCGACGCAUCUUUCACGGCGCCUCCGGAUCCUACCAAGUUCUACACCGCUUGGAAUUCAAUGAAGACGCUGGUCCAAAAGGAGCUGGUCUAUGAACAGGGACGUCCACUGAGGAAGUAUGCCCUCACGGAGGAAGGGUGGGAGGUUGCCAAAAGAAUCCAGAAGACAUUGCCUGGAGCAUCGCAGAACACGUUAUCGUUUGGCAACCAGUCUUCAACAAGUGGAAAUCUUCAGGGUAGUACUGUAGCCAAUGCUAUGCAACCGGAGGACCCCGAAGACCCAAAUAUCAAUGCCUCUGAGCGACGGCAGUUCCACAGCAAUGCCGAAAUCCUUCAUCCGUCAGAGAUUAAACCGAUUACCUUACCAGCGAACAGUUUCAAAGUGCAGCUGAUUCUUGACACACGAGAAGUGCGCACAUCAAAAGACCGAGACUACAUCUCGAAUGAACUGGGCAAAAAGGGCAUCACCCCAGAAGUCCGCGCACUCGAACUUGGAGACUGCAUAUGGGUUGCCAAAUUCAACGACCCGAGCUUUCUGUCGCAGUAUGGAGAAGAAGGCGACGAGGUGAUGUUGGACUGGAUCGUGGAGCGCAAACGCCUCGACGAUCUGAUCGGGUCAAUCAAAGACGGUCGAUUCCACGAGCAAAAGUUCCGCCUCGGGCGCUCCGGCAUCAAGAAUGUCAUCUACCUGAUCGAGGAGUUUUCCGUCGCCUACGAGCCAGGAAACCCGUCUGCACUCAAGUACCAAGAGAUGGUCGCUUCGGCCAUCGCCUCGACGCAGGUGGUCAACGGCUACUUCGUCAAGAAGACGCGCAACCUCGACGACACAAUCCGCUAUCUCGCCCGGAUGACCUUUCUUCUCCAAUCGAUGUACGAGUCCGCUUCCGCUUCUUCUUCUUCGGCCCCAGCACCAACCAACUCUCUCAAUCUCAUUCCAAGUCACCAACUCUCCUCAUCCCAAUCGUACCUCCUUGCCUUGGACCAUCUGCGCGCUGAAAACCCUUGCUCUACUUACGCCGUUACCUUCUCCACGUUCUCUGCUCUGACCUCCAAAUCUGACGUCCUGUCUCUCCGAGACGUUUUUCUAAAGAUGCUCAUGUGCACCCGAGGCGUGACAGGCGACAAGGCACUCGAAAUCCAACGACGCUGGUCCACGCCGCGAGAGUUUGUCGAAGCAUUCGAGGCGCUAGACGGCGCAGACCCCACGGCCAAGGAGAGACUGCUUUCGGAUGGGAUGCAGUCGCUCGUGGGGAGGAAGAAGAUCGCGAGGGGGUUGAGCAAGAAGGUGGCUGAAGUCUGGGGGGAGGCGGGGAGGACUUGACUGGUCUUCUUCACAUACAGUGACUACAGUCUUCAAAUAUACUUAUAACAUCAGAAGCAUUUUUUGCAACAAUCUUGUUCUAUUACACACUCCUUCUAAUAGACAUAACUGUGG